GUACGGCUCGCGCUGGUACGAUGAGCCACUGUCCCUUUCUCCAUGAUCCUGAUCACCCCACCUCAGUAUAGCGCUCUCUUCGCCGUUGCUCACCACAGCGUCCCGCGAGCGACGAGAUCAAUAUCGACGACGUCAUCGAAUCGACGCACGCAAGGGAGCACACGACCAACAGCAUGGCGUGGCCAUGGAUAUGCCACCAUGGCGGGUGAUGUGGGAGGAGUAGGAGAGCAAUCCGAUGGACGAGACACAGCGUAUACAUGGCCUGAAACGCCCAAAGGUCACGCCCAUCCGACUCCCUACCAGAUCUUCAACAUGAGGCACGACGGGCAAUACUCCAAAGCCGGAUACUACAAGCUCGUGAAGAUGUAUCACCCUGACCGUCAUGUUCACACCGUAGGAAGUACCAGAGACGCCUCGGAGAUAUCUCAUGCCACCAAGACCGAGCGCUAUCGUCUCAUCGUGGCAGCGCACACGAUCUUGUCCGAUCCUGUCAAGCGUAGUGCCUACGAUCGCUUUGGAGCAGGUUGGAAUGGGAAAGCUGAAGUGGGCGGCAAGGAGACAUGGUCGCAGCCUUCUCCCUUCCAUGCUGCAGGGCCUUUCAGUCAGAGCUGGCAUGAUCCCGCCGAUCCAGUAUGGAAGAAUGCGACGUGGGAAGACUGGGAGAGAUACCAUGAUCACAAAGCGAAUCCUACCAAGAAAGCCCCAGUCUACAUGAAGAAUUCGUACUUUCUGGCUGUGGUCAUCGCGCUGUCUAUCAUUGGUAGCAGCUUCAAUGUGCAACGGGCGCAGGAUAAUGGGACGUAUCUUGUGGAGGCGAGAGAUUUAGUGCAUGACCGCGCUGCGAAGAAUUUACGACAAGUCAAGAAAGAAGUCCAAGGUUUGACGAGUCGACAGGAUCGUAUAGACUUCUUCAUCCGGCAGCGGGAAGCCUCCUUGGGCGGGAGCGUGAGUGAUUAUCAGACACUCCGAGACGAGAGGGCGGAAAGAUUGCUGAAGGAUAGGGAGGUCUGCUCUAGUGAGGAGGUCAAAGAGAGCGGAAGUGAUACCUGAGCCAUCCACUAUCAAGGGGUUUGGAACUUGCCUCGAAACACGUCUUGUGUUCUCCCGAAGAUUGCGAGGCUUGCUGCACGCUUGCUAGAUGCUGCCGGUUUCGUGUAUAUCCCCACUUUCAGACCCAUUCGAUCACCGAUUCGAGGGUCUGCAGAAACUUGCACCUCGAACGAUUCGGGUCACAAGAUACAUGGCAUGGUCAUACUGCGUCACGACGCAAAGCAAUCCCAGCACUGGGGUAAAUGUCGCAAUCUUGGGCUGAGUUCCUCAUCGUGCAAUCGCCCAACUCUGGCAAAUCAAUCAGCCAGCCCUUUAAAACAUGAAUCUUGCAAUUGGGAUCCACUGAAUACGUUCGCUCUUUUCAGAGUACGAAACGGACAUUCAACAUGCAGACUACUUGGCUUACGGAUGAGGAAAGACGCUUGCAGUGCUGCACAACCGCAAUGUGUGAACCAUCUCAUCAGCCUCGUACGAGAUGUCUCAAGGUUCGACAUGUUUUGGUCAUUUGCCCUGGUUCCCAUGAGGCUUCGAGAACAAAGGGAAUACCUUGAGGUGGCGAGGAUGUCGAAUGAGCAGCGAUGCAAUUUUACAUAGGAGAUGAGAAUAUACCAAUUGCUGCGCCGCGCGAUGACUUUGCCUUGGGAGGAUGUUUGGGAUCAGCGAGUAGUUAUAGCACUAAGGUAGAGUUAUAACGAAGCUCAAUGCUAUGAUUUGCAAAC